AUAUAAAAUAUUUAUGAUUAAUUAUCGAUUUAAAAUUUGUUGAAUUAAGCUCCCAAUAUAUAAAGUCGAUAGAUCGAAAAGAUUUGUUAUCGAAAUUUACAUCGAAUUUAUUUUAUAAUACAUUUAUUUGCUGUCCUAUGGGGACUGAUGGGAGAAAAGAAGUUUAUAUAGGUUAAUCAUAUGUGUAAAGAAUCCAUACACUGUCUUUAUAAUUUGUAGAUAUUACUAUAUUAUCAAUGUUCAACGUAUUAUUGUUAACUUACCAUUUCAUUCUAUUGUCAAAUGAUAAGCAGCAAGUUGUAUGAAUGUUUCUUGAAUCUUUUUAUAUUACUCAUAUCUACCUAAAAACAUAAAGAUGCAGUGGUUGAAUAGUCAAAGAUUGCUUAAAGCAGUGAAAAGGAUUAAUUCACUAAAUAACCGUAAUGCCAGCAGCAAUUGCAAGAUUGUUUGUAGUUCUGAUAUAGAAGUGGCAAAAAAAAAUGGGCUGCCAAUUGUGGCCUUAGAAUCAACAAUCAUUACUCAUGGAAUGCCUUAUCCUGAUAAUUUGAAAACAGCCAUUCAAGUAGAAAACACUGUUAGAAAAAAAGGUGCUAUACCUGCAACUAUAGGAAUUUUAAAUGGACAGAUACAUGUUGGUUUGAAUGAUGAACAACUACAAAUACUAGCUAAAUCAGAUUCUACUAAAACUAUUAAGUGUUCACGUAGAGAUAUAUCAACAGUUGUUGCCCAAAAACUAAAUGGAGGAACAACUGUUAGUGCAACAAUGUUAAUUUCAAAUUUAUUAGAUUUGCCUAUAAUGGCAACAGGAGGCAUUGGUGGUGUCCAUCGUGGUGCAGAAAAGAGUUUUGAUAUUAGUACUGAUUUACUAGAGCUUGGGCGUACUCCUGUAGCUGUUGUUUGUUCUGGUGUUAAAUCUAUAUUAGAUAUUGAGAAGACAUUAGAAUAUCUGGAAACACAAGGAGUUCCAGUUAUAAAAAUUGGUGAAACAAACUAUUUUCCUGCAUUUUACUGCACUGAAUCAUUACAAAAGACAAAAGUGCCACAUAGAGUAUCAAAUUCAGAAGAAGCAACAAAGAUUCUUAAAGCACAAAGGGAAUUAGGUCUUCAAACAGGAUUAUUGUUUGCUGUCCCUAUUCCUACAGAAUAUGCAUUAGAUUCAAAAGAAAUGGAAUUGGCUAUAUGUAAUGCUUUAGAAAAUGCAAAAAGUAAAAAUGUAAGUGGAAAGAAUGUCACACCAUUUUUGCUAGAAGAAUUAAAUAAGGUUACACAUGGUCAAUCUCUUCGAGCUAAUAUGGCACUCAUAGAAAACAAUGCAAGUGUUGCAGCAGAAAUUGCAGUGAAUUUGGCUAAAAAGAGUUUUCAGAGCUCUUUCAACGAUAGUGCUUCCAAGUGCAUUCUGACAUCAGAAAGAAAUCCAAUUGUAAUUGGUGGAGCUAUAAUGGAUACGACGUUGCAAGUGAAGGAAUCCGAGAUAAAAGACGAUGGUAGAACGCAUGCCGGUAGAAGCCGAGAAAAUUGUGGCGGGGUCGGACGAAAUAUCGCCAACGCCUUGAUCAACCUUGGUCUGAACGCUACACGGUUAAUAUCCGUCGUUGGUAACGACCAGCCUGGGAAAGCUAUAAUUAAAAGUCUAGGAGAUGGUGCCCAGACUGUGGAGCAGUUGUCAAAUAUGAACACGGCUAGAUGUACCGUGAUCAUCGAUUACAAAGGCGAAUGUCGGUUCGCAGUCGGCGAGAUGGAAGUGUUCUCUAGUAUCAGCCCGCAUUUGGUGAAGAAAUACCAAUCGUACGUGGAGAAUUCGAGUUUCAUCGUUCUUGACGGUAAUCUACCUCUAGAUACGAUUCGAUACGUAUUGGAUCUUGCAACGUGCUCAAAAAUUCCAGUUUGGUAUGAACCCACGGAUGUGAACAAGGCAACUAAAGUAUUUAAAGCAAAAUCGCAAUGGCAAAAUGUUUUGCAUUUUAUAUCACCAAAUAGGAAUGAACUAUCAGCUAUUGGGAAAUAUCUUGGCAUAUCGGUACCUGACAACAAAUUACCUAUAGACUUAGAAGAAGUAAAAACAAUUGCAGAGCAAGUAGCUGAAUUUAUCCCAGUAGUUAUAAGUACAUUAGGAUCACAAGGAGUAUUGGUCGUUCGUAAAGCCCUUGGAAAUGAUCCCUUUUAUGAUAAAAGAGGAAAAUUGGUUGCUCAUACUAUGGUCACUUCUCGCCUAUAUCCUCCCUUAUCUUUUAUUUCUGAUGAUCCAAAAGAAACAUACAAUGUGAGUGGUUGUGGUGACUGUCUUACUGCUGGAAUAAUUUAUGGAAUUCAUAAAAAUUUAGAUGAAACCAGCUGUCUUUCCUUAGCUCUAAAGGCUGCUGCACUUUCUUUAACUUCAUUAGAUGCAGUCCCCACUUCACUUUCAUUAUUAUGCAAUGAUGCACAACGUUGAUAAAUAUUAACCAUUGGAAAUUAUAUAUUGGUAUAAAAUACUUUAAUUAUAUAUAAUAUAUAUUUUUAUAAGAUAGAGAUUAAAUGUGGACGGAUAGAUUUUAAUAAAUAAUUAAUAACUGUAUAAUCAUAA